AGUAAUAUAUCGCUGAUAGUGUGGUACUGUGGUGUAGGGUGUGUAGUGUGGUUAAUGUACGUUAGGUGCGGUAGUAGAAAUAAAAGCUUAGCGUAAAAAAACAUAAAAAUAAGAGAAUGUCCGGUGCCGGUCGUAUUAUAGGUUAAAUAAAUUGAGAAUUUUUCCCAAUGCUUAGGUAGCAAUUAUCAAUUAAAGUGAUUUGUUGGUAGUUGGGGGGAAAGGACGAACGAUUCAGAAGGAAAUAUCGAGAUAGAAAUGGACAAUAGAAUAAACAUAUGCGACCCGGACGAGGACGAGAUAAACAAUGAGAUAUUUAAUGAAAUUGAGCCUGUUUCUUGGAUCAACGACGAGCCCAAUUAUGAUCUCGACGACAUCAACAUGUUCUUCCAUAGAGUCGAUUCUGAUCAGAUUAUAUACGAGGAGAAAAAAAAACGAUGCAAGCUCAUCGGUAAAUACGUAAUGGGCGAUGUACUGGGCGAAGGUAGUUAUGGAAAAGUUAAAGAGGUUCUUGACUCAGAGACGCUCUGUCGCAGAGCUGUUAAAAUAUUGAAGAAGAAGAAAUUACGCAGGAUACCAAAUGGAGAACAGAACGUACAGCGGGAAAUACAAUUACUGAGAAGAUUGAAGCACAAAAAUGUUGUUCAAUUAAUUGAUGUGCUUUACAAUGAUGAAAAGGAAAAAAUGUAUCUUAUAAUGGAAUUUUGUGUUUGCGGACUGCAGGAUAUGUUAGACAGUACUCCUAGCAAAAAGUUACCAAUUUGGCAAGCUCACAGCUAUUUUACGCAGUUGGUGGAUGGACUGGAGUAUCUGCAUAGCAAAGGGAUAGUUCAUAAAGAUAUUAAACCUGGAAAUUUACUACUGACACUCGAUCAAACAUUGAAAAUCAGUGACUUUGGAGUUGCAGAGGCCUUGGAUAUGUUUGCCAAAGACGACACUUGCACAACAGGACAGGGUUCGCCAGCGUUUCAACCACCCGAAAUAGCAAACGGAUGUGAAACAUUUGCUGGCUUUAAAGUAGACAUAUGGAGCUGCGGAGUAACAUUAUACAAUAUAACGACGGGUCUCUAUCCGUUCGAGGGUGACAAUAUUUAUAGACUUUACGAGAAUAUCGGACGAGGGGACUACACGAUACCAGGAGAUGUCGAAGAAAUGUUGGCGUCUUUACUCGAAGGGAUGCUCCAAAAAGACCCGGAGGAAAGAUUCACGCUUCAAGAAAUCCGUAGGCAUCCGUGGACUAUUUGUUGGCCACCGAGAGAUACGGAAGAAGUUGCGAUACCUCCUUUGAAGGGUCAGAAGUGGCACACGAUGACCGUUUUACCGUAUUUGAUGGAUUAUCUUUAUGGCGUUGAUAGCGAUCCAAUGUAUUAUACGGAACACCAACUGAACGAAGAGAGAAGACUUCAGGAGAUAGAUCGAUUGAGUGGCGAUCAAAAGAGUUCAUCAAGUAGCAGUAAUCCAAACAAAUCCAGCUCUAAUCACACGAAAAGACGGUGGCGAAAGAAUAUAUCGUGUUUGAGCGUCAAAAGAUUUCCAUCUUGUAAACCAUCGUGAUUCAAUUCAAUAACGACGCACACGCGUCAUGAGAUAUACUUUCGCGACACGGUGGUCGCGAGUGUGUUCCCGCCAUGUGGAAAAUAAACUAGAAGACAAAAAAGGUGAAGAUUUAAAAAACAAAAGGAAAGAAAGGGAAAAAGAGAAUCCCGGUCGUUAUCCAGAAAAGUGUUGAAUACCACGAGGCAUCUGAUGCAGCUCGAGCACAACAACUUCGGACGCAUUGAGUAUAAACGUUUGUGAUAUUAAUAUUAAAUAGUUGAAGUAGGUAAAUUCCCUGUAGAGUUGUCCCUGUUCAUUUACAGAGGGUUCAUUCAACUAGCCAAAAAUAAAACAUCAAUUGAAUUUUUAAGAAGCCCUAGACGAAAAAUUUUUAAAAAUGUUUCGUGGAUAUUGGCAGCAAAUGUAUAAAUCAAAAUCUGAAAAAUUCAAAUAGAAAGAAAAUAAUCAUUAACGUUUUUCUUUUGUACGCCUAUCGAAACAUUUUCGCACAUCAUCUCAAAAGUCUUUCGAACAAUUAAUCGUUUGAGAUACUUAACUUGUUCUUUUGGCAAAGUAUAUCAAUUGUAAGAAGAAAACUAUAUUUUUUUUUCGCAAAUUUCAAAGCUCGGAGCCCCAAACGUACCCUUUAUCCACACUCGCACUAAAAUCGAUCGAUAAACAAUUCAAAAAAAUGAAUAAAUAAAUAACAUAUGAGCGUCAAUAUCACGCUCAUUUCCUGUGCCAUUAUAAAAAAAAAUAUUGUUACUAUUAAAUUAUUAAUAUUAUUGCGUAAGAAUAACGUGUUUGUUGUAGUUAAUAUUAUAGCAUCUCGCGCACACUCGUCUCUUACAUAUCCAUGUAUAUUUUUUACGAACGAUUCAAACCAAACAAUGAUAAUUUAACAAAAAUUGAGCAAUACUUGUAUGAAUAACUCGGUAGCAAGAAAAAACAAAUACAUACACAUACCUCACCCACGCGAGUUAUGUAAACAAUUUCACGGUGUUUCAUUUAUCUCGUAAAGUCUCAAGUAUUCGUCUCAGUAUUCAGCACUUUUCUUAGGAUACCGAUUGGCCAAGUUAUUUGUCAUUAAGUUAAGUAAAUUGUUAAAAUUUUAGUAGAUUUUAUCAAUUAUACCCUGAACAAUGUUUUCGCGGAUAAACCAAAUGUAAUAACGAUGGAGGACAACAAAAAAGAUUGAACGAAAAAGCACAAACAAUAAAUGAUUGAGAAUUUUUGAGUAUUAAUUGUUAUAUGCGAUGAAACUGUGCUUAUGUUCCGAUGUGCUGUCGUCGAAUCUUUUCUCAUUUUUUUGUUAGCACAUCUGUACAAGGAGUCCUGUCAAUGAUCCCAACAACAAUGUUUCUCAUUUCCAUUUAACUGAAACUCUCAUUUUAGAGACGAAAAAUAUGAAAUCUUUGUGCAGAAAAAGUAAAAUUCUAAAUUGACGAUGCAUCGCAUACAUUUUUUAAAACGAAUCAUUUUUUGUGGGGAGCAAUGAUUCCAAUGUUUUCUUUGAGAAUGGGAUCUAUGGUGUGUGAAACAUUAUUCCAGACAUUUCGUAUUACGUAUGAGAAACUGUAUCGGGUUUUUCGAUGAUUUAAGACAGGAAAUCGUUUUAUGGAAACACGCGGUUUCGUUUUGUCAUAUACAACCAUGUAUAUAUCCGGAGUAUUUUUUUGAACAUUCGAACAGACAUUUCGUAAUGAUUGUGUGUAUCCAUCGAUUCUAUUUAUCGUCCGGUAAUUAUUCUCUCUUUGUUAUUAUUACAAUCUUCGUUUAGCCCGAAAUGAUACGAGCAAUAAGUCAAUUGACUACGCCCAGUGACGAUAUUAUAAUUUUGCGCAUAAUUAAACGUUUCUCAUCAAUAAUGUUCGUGGGAAGAAAGACAAAAUGAUUUUCACCACACAUGCGCCGAAAGUUCAACUAUCCGAAAUCGGCAGGUUGAAUUUUUGGUGCAUGUGUGGUGAAAAAUAGUACACACUCCACGGGAGUGAAAUUAGACCACUUCAAACUGCGUGCUUAUCACCCUGCCCGCGGUUUGAAGCAGUCUACUUUCCCUUCCUAGGUGUGUAAUAUACUAUUCUCACAAGAUUGAAAUUCUGCAAAAUUAGACAUAGUCCGCUGAAAAUGUUAGUGAGAAAAUGUGCGUGAAAGAGAAAGCUAAGGACAUAGGAAAAUCAAUUUGAAGAGAGAAUACGUCUGUGUGUAAAGUGCCAUUCUCGCUUGCCUUCAUCAAUUUGUACCGUUUAUUCAAAAAUUUAAUGAAAUAUAUCGACAGUCGAAUGAGCCGCUGAUGGUCGAAAGUGUGUGACGAAUGUUUUGAGUGCAUGGAUGUAAAUUAUCGUUUCGAACAAAAGAAAAAGAGUCAUAUGGGGAAUGAAAACGCUCCAAAUAAUACAAUAUACAUAAACUAAUGAUUAUCUAUAUAUAGUGAUAUAACUUUAAAGGAAAAAAAUGUUGACGUGAUGUAAUUCAAGAGAAAAAACGAGAACGUUUAGUGACGUAGUUUCCAGGAUCUGAAUUAUUUUUGCUACAUCGCCGUACUAAAUCGAAUGUAACUCGUAAUUAUUUUUGGCAUGGGAAGGUGUGCCAGUCUGAGUUUUCGAUCAAAAAGAAUGAAACUGCUCACACGUUUUUCGUGUCUUGUCACAACAUCUGCACGGGAAACACUAAAAUUUAUAAAUUAGCGUGCAGUAACACGAACGAGGGGUCAAUUAUGAGUUCUUCGAUAUUAUUGUGGAGCAAAACACAACUUUUUAUGAAAAAUUAAUCAAAUUUAUUGUUCAGCUGAGAAAAUUUUACUGGGACUUCAAUAUCCAGUCGGUCGAAACAUCCAUUUCUAAACGGUGUGUGAAAGUUUCGAUAGCUGUUUGGAAAAUUUACUCGAACCGUUGAAACUUUCUGAAUGAAUUGCUAAAAUUUCGACUAGGGUUCGAAUUAUUCCUGGACGUUAGUCAAAAAUAAAACUUAAUGUUUACAGAAGCAUAAAAAUGGCCAAUUUGACUCCACAUUAAAGUGUCUAAUCACGUGGAUUGAACACUCCAAAGUUUUCUAAUUAUCUCCGUAUAGAUGCGCCACAUACGUUAUUCUGUAUUGUUUUUUUAUUUCACGAAAAUUUGAUGACUGUUACAUUGCAUGUCAAAUAACCCACCUAGCCAAGAGCCGAGAUAAAUAUAUAUAUGUAUGGCUCAUUUCACGUCACUUUCACAUUGAUAAAUUCUCACCCUUUCUCGAAAUCGUUUUUUAUAGAUUUACAGUUUUACAGAUUCUUCCAAGUGUUUAAUGUCACAUAACAAAACGCCCGAAAAAUACGAAAAUUCACAAGGUGAUAGCGAACCCAGCAGCACUUCCGAGGGUUUUCGAACUUUUUUCUCCUUUUAAACUGCUACUAUAAAUGAAAGCGCUGAAAAUUAUGCUUCAAAAUGGUUUUUCAAAAAAUGCUUGAAAAAAAAUUACAACUUUUUUGGAUCAUUUUCGAUCUGACAGUACUUUGAAAUGCGCAAGAACUCAAAAUCAAAAUUACCCACUCAGAACCCGGAUGAAUUAUUUCUUUAGGAAAAAAAAACAUGAAAAAACUCUAUGAAUGGAAAAGAGUGAGAAUUCGGUAGUGGGAAAGCGAUGCGAAGUGUCCCAUAUACAUUUGUAUAUAAAUAUAUUAGGUGUACGUAAAACUGGCUGAUUUUUUCGGUAAACUCAGCGAGAAAAAGCACCGAAUCAAUGGGUAGGCCUGAUAUACUUGUAUAGAAAUAUUCGUUUAUUGAGAGUCGGCCUGUUGGUGCAAGUACAAAGAAAAAACUGACUCGAACGAUAAGAAUUUCGAGCAGAUAUAUGGACAUAUUAUUAUCAUUAUGAUGAUUGUCAUUAUUAUUUUUAUUAUCAUAAUCAAUGGAUCAAGGCAUGUCAGAGGUUUUGAUAUGAUCUAUAUCGAUAAGUAUUAUACUAACCUAUGUUGCGCUACUUCACGAAGCGUGUUAAGAUUUUAAUGAUAAUUCUGCGUAAAAAAAAAAACAUUUUGCACACCACCAGCAACAUUGUUCGAGAUUCGAAUGAAAGAAAAAAACCUUAAAGUGUCAUUGCAAAGGUUCAUUUGCAAUCGUUCAAUCGAUCGACUGUACACAAGAUCUUCAACGAAUUAACAGUAAAAAAAUAUCAUUCGACCACAAUUUGUACUCCGAAACGUAUACUAUUACUAUGCUCAUGUACAUCAAAUGAAAACAAAAGUAUCUGUAUUCACCAGGCAUAAUAAAACGAUGAGAGAAUAAAGGAAAUAAUUGGAUGAAAAGGAAAAA